AUGGCGGAAGAACACUUAGCCUCUGAAGUAACGAAGCGCAUCCAUGACUACCUCGAAUCUAUCUACGACAGCUCUGACGACUCUCUUGCUGAAGACGAGGAGCCCGAGCCGAAGCGCCGCCUCCGAACUGUAUAUGGCGCGUCUAAAAAGAUAGAUCGACCGAGAGAGAAAAUAUGCGAUUGCGAACCGAUGCCUCCGAAGUCAAAGCAAGCGCCGAUCAGCUCAAGGAGUUAUCCGAAAUGUUACUACAAGAAAACAAGCGGCUCGAACUCAUUGGACGGCGAUAUCAGUCGCUUGAAAGUUGAGAGAGACGAGAAGGAGGACUUAUUGGGCCUCAAAGCAGUCGAGCUCGAUGACGUCCAAAAGACUGCAAAAUCUGAUGUCGAACGUCUCGCCUAUGCACAAAGGGCACUCCACAACGUCAGUGGAAAUAUGGAGAGGACAUUACAACAGCUUGAACAGCUUCUGCAAGAGAUCAAAAUAGAGAGGCAGAACCAUGCUGCUACCAGACAAAUGCUCGCAGAUGAGCAGCAUGCCCACCGUAAGACGCACUCUAAACUCGAAGACGUUGUGGAGCCCGACACCGCACGGCUUGAAGAUGCAGUGGAAGAAAGGGCCUAG